AGAAGAGCUGCAUCGACAACAUGGCUAUGAAGGCUGUUUUGCUUUGCGCAGUGGGACUCGCCGUUCUCCAGAUCAGCUUUGCCCAAAAUAAGGAGUGCGGCGAGGGCGAGGUUUGGAAGACUGGUCAGAGCAGCAGCUGCGGUGAGAACAAGUGCGGCGACCCAGAGGACGGAUUCAAGCCUUGCACCAUGGACUACGUGAGCCGAUGCUUCUGCGAGGACAGCCUCUACCGAAGGAGCAGCGACAACAAGUGCGUGCCUAAGGAGGAAUGCUGAGUCCUGACGUUGUCCCAGAUAGCCGUGUGUAUCAUCGUCAGUAUGCUGGGCUGCUGAAGAAUACCAAUAAA